GUGGACAAAUUGUUUACAUGAGAAACGAGUUGAGAAAGAUAUCUAAAUUCGUUUCUAUUUGACUAAAAGACAGUCCGAAGAUGGAUUGAUUAAAUAUUAACUCAAAAUAAUGUCGAGACAAACAACUUCACAGUCACAGAUAAUAUUGACUGUUGAGAGGAAGCCAGCGUAGUAAUGUUCCAUCUAGAGCACAGUCACAAGGGAGGGAGGAACCUAUAGACAGGCGAACAUACAUUCCUCCCGAUGGAUAUGAUACAGAUGCCAUGAAGCAAUUCAGAUCAUACUUGGCAGAAACAGGUGUAGAGGAAACCUUCAAGAAAAUGGUCAAGUUGCUGCUGAACCGACCCACCCUUCCUUACAAUCCCUACCCAGGGUUUGUCCUGAGAUUCAGACAGUUUGCAGAAAAAUUUCACAUGGAACAGGAAUCCAUAGAAAAGAUCCAACAAUCUCUAAGAAAUGCUCUACAGGAGACCUACAUACCUAACCUGUUUUGUGUGAAGGGACAUGACACAGUGUGGGGUUUGUCCAGCAUCCUGAGGGCUGUGAAUCCGUCAUCUCUGGAGAAAUAUCAGUGGCUGAUGGAUGACCUCACCCCCCACCCAGAGGACAUCAUGUCCACACAGGAUUACUCAAAUCAAGUGAUGUUAGCAUUGGUUGGUCCAGCAGUGUUUGAUGGAACAUUCUAUCCUUAUGUACAUAACAUACAGAUCAGAAUGGAGCAUUUGGUCACCGGUCCAGACGUUAAGGAGGGAGUGGCUGUCUUUGUGAACAGUGUAAUGGCUUACAUUGAUUCUAUGUACUCCAACCCUCGACACCUGAUCCUAGGCGUGAAUAUACCAGAUAUUGAUGAGGAAUACCCAGAUAUCACAGUGUAUGAUCUAUGGGACCCAGAUAAAAUUCAAGAGGAAAAGGAGGAGUUUCUACAAGUUUUGAGUGACACUGUGAUUGGAAACAAGUAUAUUUGUAUGGAAUGUAUAUUAAAAGCUGAUCCUUACUACCCAAAGUACAUCAGAGCACAAGUUCAGUUUGGUCUCAACUUCAUUGAAAUCAGCGAAGAGAAUGUGGAAGAGGGACUUGUCAGUUUCUGUGAGUUUCCAAUGGCUUGUUUACACGAAGGAGUGUUCCUGAGCAGGUCCCAUGCAGAGCAGUACAUCUCCAUUUUCUCUCCACAAGUGGAUCCGUUCCAGAGGGAUGGACCAAGAUCAGCUUUGGGACAGCCCCCUGGGGCAGACAAACUGGAGAUUGGUGGUCCAAGGAGUAUGAGUCGACAGAGUAAGAACCGCCAGCCCACCUCUGCUCAGGACCAGGGCAUCAGAAACAUCAAGCGCCACAUGUAUGACAGAACCACCCACAUCAUGCCCAGGAAAGUCCGGAUUGACGGCUUCCGAAUCGGAGACGAAAAUAGCUAUGGUCCCUAUGCUUGGCAGAUUACUACUCCAAUCAAGUCACACUUCCAGAAGAGGAUAGCGGGCCAUCAUAUGCACGCGGAGCUGUGUGACGCAGUGUACUGUGCCAUCAUACUCCUUCUGCUGGACAGAGAUUCCUACGCACAGGAGCUUCCAUUUGAGUUGUUCCGACUCCUACACAGUACUGUGGGGCUGUUGUACUUACUGAUGGAGCAGAAUAAGUCAGUGCGCUACAUGGUGAAGGGUUUCUCCAAUACAAGUCAGCUUCAAGUUAUCCGAGAAUACCUUGCUCUCUACAGAGAAGCAGUGGUGCAUUUGUUCCAGAGUUCACUAAACGACAGAAGCCUGGAACAAAAGACGGCUGGGAAGAUCAUUGUGGCCCAGGUGGAGGAUUUCCUGCCGGGGGAGGGGAUGUCCUUUGAAUCAGUUCUAGAUGUCCAAAUGGCUCUGAAGACAUUAAAGGACAUCAACUGGUACUGUCUAACAUUGUCCAUACAGUUAGCAGAAGACUCUCUCAGCCAGACCCCAGUGCUAAAGGAGGUGAUGAUUGCCAUGAAGAACACAUUUCCCAAGGUCAUUCCUCAACCUUUGACCCGUCAUAGACAAAGGCGUGACCCAACGGGUACAGAGAUGGACGCCGAUGUUUCCCAUGGACUGGAGCAUGAACAUAUGAAAGAUCUACUGCAUGAAAAACUCAUUAUUGAUGUAAACAACAGUAUGGAAAGUGGAGAUUACAGCAAAACUAUAGCAAAAGAAGCAAUUCUCAUCCAGUACAUGCUGGACACUCAUCUAGAUGGGGUGUGGAAGGAGUAUUUACUGGAGAUAGCCAGAGCACAGUUCUUUCCCCCCAACCCCUACCCCAGACUUGUCUCUCUCCUCAGACAGCAGGCCAUGAGAAUGGACCUAUUUUUUGAGAAGCCAGAGCAGACAGAAGCUGUGUUACUGGCCACAGAGCUAAAGAUGGAAGAUCCAGAAAAUUUUAUCUACACAAUCAAUGGAGUCGAUGCAUAUGGGACAUCCAGUGCUGUACGAGUGUUGGACACUGGAGCUUUCAUACCACUGAGCCAGAUUAUUCAGCUCUUUGUUCAACAAGACUACAUUCAAAGGAAAGGAACCUACAGGGCAGGGAUCUGCCUGGCCCUGAGUGGACCCAGUAUUCUGUACGGGAAGAUGCAGCCAUUCCUAAAUGAAGUUGAACUGCAUGAGCACUAUUACAUACAGGGACCCCCAGGCUGUUCCGGGGAUGGCAUACAACUCUUCGCUAUGAUGGUGUAUAACCAUGUACAUGACAUGGUGAUGAAGAACACCAUCCCGGUGGUGGGGGUAUUUUUCGGGGAGAUGAAGUGGUCCUGGGAGGAGGUGGUGACCAGAAAGCAGGCCUUUAUGGACAUGUUAGUGGGGGCCACCUCUAGGAGUGAGCCUGUCUUCUUAAAGGCAUUCAUUCUGAUGGACCACUGGAGAUAUAUCCCUGUGAGGAAGUACUUCUUACUUCACUUUAUCACAGAUGAUGAGCUAGAUGCUGAGAUCUUUUACCCUGAUAACCCUGUAGCCUUUUAUCAGAGUGUUUUUCUUUCAAGAGACAGGGCAGCCUUCCACUAUCAGAAUGGGGGACCGACCAAUGGCGGCGACCCAAUGAAUGCAACCAAUGUCCGACAGGCCCAGCAGUUCCUGGAUAGAAUGAUCUCUGUCUCCAAGGAUCGCUGCGAUUGGAUGACCGUUCACCGAGGGCUGCUGCUUAAAAGCCUGAUGAAUCAGGAUAAGGUGCACCUUGUAGAGUCAUGGAGAAUGUUACAUAGCAUGGCCGCCCAGAUAGAGUAUGUUAUAGGGAUGCUGGACUCCCUGCAGGACCUUCUGGUCAUCACGAUGGAGUCUCUGGAGUACGCAAACAGAAACAGCAGCCGUGGGGCCACAGGCAACAGCCAGAGGACCAAGAGUCGAACACCCCGCCAACUAGGGGUCAUUCCUGACUUUGAGUGUACGGUAGAUGAAGCCAUUUUUGGGCGGAUGACCAUGGUCAUGCAUAAAAAGUUAGUGGAGGUCACUCAGGCGCGGAUCUUCAUGACUGGCACCCCCCUCACUGAGUUCCUAAAGGCCAAACUAAAGACCUGCAUCGAGGAAGACCCACGACUGGAUAAUUUCUACCUGGCUUUUAAUACAGAGUCUCUUUUCCGACUGGAGGAAGUGAAACACAUGUUGCGUUUUGUGCAAGAUAGUUUAGCAGCAGAUGUUCACCACAUUUCUCCUAAUGCUAUUUCCGCAACAGAGAACCUUGCUCCUGACGAAAUUCUUCAAGGGCGACCCAGUUCUGUGGUGUCCUACAUGCUCAAUGACCCAUAUGUGUACCGUCAGCGACCCCAGGCUCAGAUGAUGCAGACCAUUCUAGAAUGACCUGACCAGUUCAGCUGACAUUGAAGAAAGCUUCCAAUUCGUCUUGGACUUUUGGCAUUUCUUCUAGAUCUCUAGUGGAUACAUGUGUAUUGUAGAGGACAAAUAUACAUUAGUAGAGAAACAAACAGAGGAAAUCCUUCUAAUGUGAACCCUAAAGUGAUAGGAGUUACCAAGGUCCUUCCUUGAGACAUCAACACAUUACUGGUGAACUUCUAUUGCCGGUUUUCUCUAGAUGUCCAGUAUUACUAUAUGACGAAUACUCAUACCUUGCUCAGCUUCAUAAAA